CAAAUUACAUCUCUCUCUCUCUCUCUCUCAAGAGCAACAUAUAUCGUUUUAAAACGUAGAGCGCCUAGCAUUAAUGGAGAGCAAGCAAAUAAUCCUCCAUGGAACACUCGAAGCUACCAUCUUCCAUGCGACACCUUACACACCUCUAUCUCCUUUCAAUUGUAUAUUCCCAAGUGGAAAGGCUACCUUUGUAACCAUAGAGAUAGACGACAAGAAGGUAGCGCAGACCAUCCAUGAACGUGACCGUGUUUGGAACGAGACCUUUCGGAUUCUCUGUGCUCAUCCAUACGAUUCAACUAUUACCAUUACAAUGAAAACAUCAUGCUCCAUCUUGGGAAAGAUCAACAUCCAGGCCCAUCAGAUUCUAAAGGAAACAAGCUUCAUUAACGGGUUCUUUCCUCUCAUCAUGGAAAAUGGAAAAACGAAUCCGGAACUGAAACUACGAUUCAUGUUAUGGUUUAAACCGGCAGAAUUCGAACCAAGCUGGAGAAAGAUACUUGGUCAAGGAGAAUUUAAGGGGCUGAGGAAUGCGACGUUUCCGCAACGAUCCAACUGUCAUGUCACGCUUUAUCAAGACGCUCAUCAUCUCUCUACUUUCCAUCCUCCUUCCUUUCCUCGCGGGCCUCCAAGAAGAUUAUGGGAGGAUGUAUAUAAAGCCAUUGAGGGUGCAAAAUACUUGAUUUACAUUGCAGGCUGGUCUUUCAAUCCUAAGAUGGUGCUGGUCCGAGAUUCUCAAACAGAUAUUCCACAUGCAAAAGGAGUAAAGCUUGGUGAAUUGUUGAAGAAGAAAGCAGACGAAGGUGUAGCAGUAAGGAUUAUGAUUUGGGAUGAUGAAACAUCGCUACCAGUUAUCAGGAAUGUAGGACUAAUGAGAACACACGAUGAAGAUGCCUUUGCCUACUUCGUACACACCAAAGUGGUAUGCAGAUUGUGCCCAAGAUUACACCCCAAGUCUGCCCCACUGUUCUCUCACCAUCAGAAGAUCAUAACCGUAGACACUCGCUCAAAGAUUAAUCCAGGCCAUAGAGAAAUUAUGAGUUUCGUUGGGGGAUUAGAUCUCUGUGAUGGUCGCUACGAUACAGAACAGCACUCCUUGUUUCACACGCUCAACACAGAAUCGCAUUCUGAUGAUUUUUAUCAGACAAGUAUUGCAGGAGCUUGCUUAAACAAAGGGGGGCCAAGGGAGCCAUGGCAUGAUGCUCAUGCUUGUAUUACCGGAGAAGCUGCUUGGGAUGUAUUAACCAAUUUCGAGCAACGAUGGUCUAAGCAAUGUGAUCCUUCUUUACUAGUCCCCACAAUUGCUUUAUCAAAUCUCAAUCGUCAGAGUAAUUCAAGCAUUUCAUCUGAAAGGAAUUGGAAAGUUCAAGUAUUUCGAUCAAUUGACCGUUUGUCAGUUACCCAAAUGUUAAAGAACUUAACGGUAGAGCAAAGCAUCCAUGAAGCUUAUGUAGAAGCAAUAAGGCGUGCCGAGAGGUUUAUAUAUAUUGAGAACCAAUAUUUCAUUGGAGGGUGCCAUUUGUGGGAGAAAGACAAACAUAGUGGCUGCAGAAAUUUGAUCCCAAUUGAGAUUGCACUCAAGGUUGUCAAUAAAAUCAAAGCAAAGGAGAGAUUUGCAGUUUAUAUAGUAAUACCAAUGUGGCCAGAAGGAGUGCCUGAGAGUGAUGUAGUUCAAGAUAUACUGCAUUGGACUAGAGAAACAAUGUCAAUGAUGUACAAGUUGAUAGGAGAAGCAAUACAAGAAAGUGGUGAGCCAGGGCACCCGAGAGACUACUUGAAUUUCUUCUGCCUUGCAAAUAGGGAAGAUGUGGGUGAUGAAGGAGAUGAGUUUGAUCCUCCACAUUCUCCUCACCCGGCAACACAAUAUUGGAAUGCUCAAAAGCAUAGGAGAUUCAUGGUUUACGUACACUCGAAGCUCAUGAUAGUGGACGACCUAUACAUUUUGAUAGGAUCUGCAAAUAUAAACCAGCGCUCCAUGGACGGGCAACGCGACACUGAAAUUGCAAUAGGAUGCCAUCAAUCAAAACAAAGCGAAUUGGACAAAAUGAAUCGUGGCGAUAUUCAUGCAUAUCGUAUGUCACUGUGGUUCGAGCAUACUGGACGUGCUGAGGAAUCGUUCCGAGAGCCUCAAAGUUUAGAAUGCGUGGGGAAGAUGCGCUCUAUAGGAGAUAAAAUGUGGAACAUUUACAGUGGUGAAGAAGUGUUAGACAUGGAAGGUGUGCACCUGGUAACUUACCCUGUGAAAGUAACACAAGCUGGUUCAGUGGAGGAUCUGGAAACUGACAUUAAUGGGGUUCAUUUUCCAGACACAAAAACUCCAGUGAAGGGAAGGAGAUCGAUGUUGCUACCACCAGUUUUUACUACAUAGUCAAUGUACGUAGAAACUUUAUUGCUUAACAGAAAAGAUUUGACUUAUAAGCCUAUUCUUUACC